CUCCUCCCCACCCUCCUCCCUGCCUCCCUCCCUCCCUCUUCUCUCUCCCCCCAACCCCCCCUGUGAUCCAGGACCUAGCUUGGGCGGCAGGCCGGCAGGCAGGCAGGCAGGCAGGCGGUGGCCUCAGAGGAGAGACUGAGCAGUGGCGGCAGGGAGGCAGGCCCAGCCGGGGACUGAAGCCGGCGGAGGCUUCUCACAGGGGACCAGGAGUCUAUGGACAGGCCCUCCCACUGAGGCCCAGUGCCGGGAGCCCCUGGGACACCCCACCCUCCUCCGCCUUUCUCUUCCACCUGCUCCUCUGUAUCCUCCUUUCCCUCCUCCUCUCCCUCCUCCCUCUCUCUCCACCUCAUUUGCCCCCUUCUCGGCCUUUCCGGGUCUCCCAGCUCUCCAACCUCUCUCGCCCUCCACUCCAGGGCUCUUCCCCGCCCCCAGCAUGCUUUUCCGUGGGGGCUGAGGGCUUGAGGACUCCGGGGCCCUUGCCUCAACCAGGGCAGGGCCCAGGCUCCAGGGGGGAGGGGGGAAGGGGGCGGCCCCCUCCCCCAGCAGGCCCUCCCCUCCCCCACUUCUCCUGAUGGCCAGCUUCCUUUUCUCCACCCAAUCCUCGCCCCCUGUGGCCCCCCAAGGCCGGCCCGGCUAGGGGAGGGGGCGGGGGCCCUUUCCCGGGCCGGCUUCCCCCUCCCCCGGCUUUGCCUGUGCCCCCCCUUCCGUUUUCACCUUCCUCUCCUCCUUUCCUCCCUCCUUCCCCUCCAUUUGCUCCUUCCCCCUUUCCUGUCUCCCCUUCUCUCCUCCAUUUUCUCCUUUCCCCUUCUUCCCCUCCCCGGCCCGCCCUCUCCUUUUCCACCUGUCCUUCCUCCCUGCUCCUGUGGAGCCACCGUUUUGGAUUAGUUGGGGGCCACUGCCAGCGGCGGGGGAGGGGGCCCUGUGGACUGCCCUCUCCCCCCGCCCAGCCCCACUGCCACCCAGCGCCGGAGCACCUCCUGCUGUCGGUUCUCGGGCCUCGAGGGAGCCCAGCCCUCCGUCCCACCAGGAUCCGUGGCGAGUGGGGGCCGCGGCAGCUGCGUCCCCAUGAGGAGGGGAGGAAGAUGCCGGCUGAGCUGCUGCUGCUGCUGAUUGUUGCCUUCGCCAGCCCCAGCUGCCAGGUGCUCUCAUCACUGCGCAUGGCUGCAAUCCUGGAUGAUCAGACAGUGUGUGGCCGUGGUGAGCGUCUGGCCUUGGCCCUGGCCCGGGAGCAGAUCAACGGGAUCAUUGAGGUCCCAGCCAAGGCCCGAGUGGAAGUAGACAUCUUUGAGCUGCAGCGGGACAGCCAGUACGAGACCACGGACACCAUGUGUCAGAUCCUGCCCAAAGGGGUCGUGUCUGUCCUGGGGCCCUCUUCCAGCCCAGCAUCUGCCUCCACCGUGAGCCAUAUCUGUGGGGAGAAGGAGAUCCCCCACAUCAAGGUGGGUCCCGAGGAGACACCCCGCCUUCAGUACCUUCGCUUCGCAUCUGUCAGCCUGUACCCCAGUAACGAGGACGUCAGCUUGGCGGUCUCCCGAAUCCUCAAGUCCUUCAACUACCCCUCGGCCAGCCUCAUCUGCGCCAAGGCUGAAUGCCUCCUGCGAUUGGAGGAACUGGUACGUGGCUUCCUCAUCUCCAAGGAGACGCUGUCAGUGAGGAUGCUGGAUGACAGCCGAGACCCCACACCGCUGCUCAAGGAGAUCCGUGAUGACAAGGUGUCCACCAUCAUCAUCGACGCCAAUGCCUCCAUCUCCCACCUCAUCCUCCGAAAGGCCUCGGAACUGGGAAUGACCUCAGCGUUUUACAAGUACAUCCUCACCACCAUGGACUUCCCUAUCCUGCAUCUGGACGGUAUCGUGGAGGACUCCUCCAACAUCCUGGGCUUCUCCAUGUUCAACACAUCCCACCCCUUCUACCCUGAGUUUGUCCGCAGCCUCAACAUGUCCUGGAGGGAGAACUGUGAAGCCAGCACAUACCCGGGCCCUGCGCUGUCAGCUGCCCUGAUGUUUGAUGCCGUGCAUGUGGUGGUGAGUGCCGUCCGAGAGUUGAACCGCAGCCAGGAGAUUGGCGUGAAGCCUCUGGCCUGUACGUCAGCCAACAUUUGGCCCCACGGGACCAGCCUCAUGAACUACCUGCGCAUGGUAGAGUAUGAUGGGCUGACUGGGCGAGUCGAGUUCAACAGCAAAGGGCAGAGAACCAACUAUACCCUGCGUAUCCUAGAGAAGUCCCGGCAGGGCCACCGUGAGAUUGGGAUGUGGUACUCUAACCGUACCCUAGCCAUGAACGCCACCACCCUGGACAUCAACCUGUCACAGACACUGGCCAACAAGACCCUGGUGGUCACAACCAUCCUGGAGAACCCAUACGUCAUGCGCCGGCCCAACUUCCAGGCCCUGUCGGGGAACGAGCGCUUCGAGGGCUUCUGUGUGGACAUGCUGCGGGAGCUGGCUGAGCUGCUGCGCUUCCGCUACCGCCUGCGGUUGGUGGAGGACGGGCUGUAUGGGGCACCUGAGCCCAAUGGCUCCUGGACAGGCAUGGUUGGCGAGCUCAUCAACCGGCAGAAGGCAGACCUGGCUGUGGCCGCCUUCACCAUCACAGCCGAGAGAGAGAAGGUCAUCGACUUUUCCAAGCCCUUCAUGACCCUGGGGAUCAGCAUCCUUUACCGAGUGCACAUGGGCCGCAAGCCCGGCUACUUCUCCUUCCUGGACCCCUUCUCCCCUGCCGUGUGGCUCUUCAUGCUUCUUGCCUACCUGGCUGUUAGCUGUGUCCUGUUUCUGGCUGCCAGGCUGAGCCCCUACGAGUGGUAUAACCCGCACCCGUGCCUACGGGCGCGCCCCCACAUCCUGGAGAACCAGUACACGCUGGGCAACAGCCUGUGGUUUCCCGUGGGGGGCUUCAUGCAGCAAGGCUCGGAGAUCAUGCCCCGGGCACUGUCCACGCGCUGUGUCAGCGGAGUCUGGUGGGCCUUCACCUUGAUCAUCAUCUCCUCCUACACGGCCAACCUGGCCGCCUUCCUCACCGUGCAGCGCAUGGAGGUGCCUGUGGAGUCGGCUGAUGACUUGGCAGAUCAGACCAACAUCGAGUACGGCACCAUCCACGCCGGCUCCACCAUGACCUUCUUCCAGAAUUCACGGUACCAAACGUACCAGCGCAUGUGGAACUACAUGCAGUCAAAGCAGCCCAGCGUGUUUGUCAAGAGCACAGAAGAGGGCAUCGCCCGUGUCCUCAACUCCCGCUACGCCUUCCUGCUUGAGUCCACCAUGAAUGAAUAUCACCGGCGCCUCAACUGCAACCUCACCCAGAUCGGGGGCCUCCUCGACACCAAGGGCUACGGCAUCGGCAUGCCGCUGGGCUCCCCGUUCCGGGAUGAGAUCACACUGGCCAUCCUGCAGCUUCAGGAGAACAACCGGCUGGAGAUCCUGAAGCGCAAGUGGUGGGAGGGGGGCCGGUGCCCCAAGGAGGAGGACCAUCGAGCUAAAGGUUUGGGCAUGGAGAACAUUGGUGGCAUUUUCGUUGUGCUCAUCUGUGGCCUCAUCAUUGCUGUCUUCGUGGCGGUCAUGGAAUUCAUAUGGUCCACACGGAGGUCAGCAGAGUCCGAGGAGGUGUCGGUGUGCCAGGAGAUGCUGCAGGAGCUGCGCCACGCCGUGUCUUGCCGCAAGACGUCGCGUUCCCGCCGGCGCCGGCGCCCGGGCGGCCCGAGCCGGGCCCUGCUGUCGCUGCGCGCGGUCCGCGAGAUGCGCCUCAGCAACGGCAAGCUCUACUCGGCCGGCGCAGGCGGGGAUGCGGGCGGCGCGCACGGGGGCCCGCAGCGCCUCCUGGACGACCCGGGACCCCCCAGUGGAGCCCGGCCCGCCGCCCCCACCCCCUGCACCCACGUGCGUGUCUGCCAGGAGUGCCGGCGCAUCCAAGCGCUGCGGGCCUCGGGGACCGGCGCGCCCCCGCGUGGCCUGGGCGCCCCCCCUGAGGCCACUAGCCCACCCCGGCCGCGGCCUGGCCCCGCCGGCCCCCGGGAGCUGGCGGAGCACGAGUGACCACGGGCGGGGCCCUGCGGGCGCCCAGACUGACUGCAGGGACUGGGCCCGCCCCAGGCCCCGGCCGUCUAGCCUCCUGCAGCGGGUGCGGGACCGGACUUGUGCACCGGCGCCCCAGACGCCGCGAUUUUGCCUUGGGUUCCCCAUGAAGUCCGAGGCCGGGCUCUGGAGCCCGCCUGCGCCCCCCAGUGGACUCGCCAGAGGGUGCCGCGGGCGAGAAGGGCGCAGGAACUGAGGACUCCAGGGGUUAGGGACUUCUGGGACCACUCCGGGAAGCGGAAAGCAGUCCACGGGAGGACCCCAUCCUGGGACUGCUCAGGCUCCCCAAGACUUGUCGCAGCCUCCCACGCUUCUGGAGGUGGGGAGGGCCUCUGGAUAGAUGGGUGUCCCCUGGUGCCCCUCCUCUCUUAUCUUCCUCUCUUUUUUGGGGGGGAGAAACCUCAGAAUUUCUAUGAGACCCCCCCAGGGAGGGGGUCACUUGGGCCCCCAUCCCUCCCCUUGCCACAUCUCAGACCCUGUUGGAAUAAAAAAAAAGAACAAAACCCCAGAACUGGGGAUGCCGGCUCUCAUUUCCUGGGGGUGUGAGGGCAUUGGAGGCUUGGGUCCCCGGGGCACCUACUGAGAGCUAGAGUGAGCCUCCAUAGUCACUUCCAUGCUCUCUCCACCCUCGGCCCUGCCCACAGCCUGCAGGCCAGCCCAGGUCCCAGCAGUUGGCCCCUCUCUGCUGACCUUCUCUCAGGACAGAGGGAGGCUGCGACAGAGACCCUGAGACAGAUGGAGAGAUGCAGGGAUCUGGAGAUCAGAGACACCGGAAGCGGAGACACAGAAAGACAGAAAGCAGAUGGGGCUGGAGGAAGGGAGGGCCAGUGAGCUGUUGAGUGUGGCCGUGCUUGGGGUGGCGAGCGUGUGCCUGAGUGUGCCUUGGCCAGAGUGAUUCAGUGUUGUUAUGAUGGUGUGUGGGCACAUCCGCGAGGCCAUCUUGAACUGUCUGAGACUGUGACCCCAUGUUUCUAUUGAAAAUAUACCUUCUCAGCCCCAGGAGAAAGCGAGGAAGCCCAGUGUGUUGGGGGGGUGUGGGAGGGCAUACGGGUGGGAGAGGCUGAAGGGCUGAUGGCGCAGAAGGGUGGGUCCGCCUUCUGUCCCCGCCUUCCCUCGCCCCGCCGGAGGUUUCUGUGGAAACUGCAGCUGAGAAAGGACGAGUGAAGGUCACACAGCAAAAGCCAAAACGAGGCCGAGCAGAAAGGGAGAGAUGGAGGGAUGGCGAGAGACAGAGAUGGGAAGAGACAACGAAGGGGGCAUAGUGGGCGGGAGAGGGAUGGGGAGAGAGCUAGGGGCACAGAGCAGGUGAGACAGGGACAGAGGCAGGGUGAGGUGAGAAGACUGGAGAAGGAGUAGAGGGCUGGGACCAGAGGUGAGGCGGAAGGGUAAGAGACACCCGGAAUUGGGGUGAGAGACAGGAAACCAUAAAAAACUAAAUGGAGCCUGAAGGGGGCUAGAACAGAGGGGAAAGCCAGACUGGGAGGGUCCCAGAGAGGGCGAGGCUGGGCGGGUCUUGGGAGCUGUCCGUUCAGCACCCAGCUGGCCAGCCUGAGCCCAGCGCGCCCGACUUCCCUGGCAGGCCUGCCACACCCCUGGAGGCCCCUACCCCAGGAGGCUUCUGUGCGGCACGCAGCACCCCCCCGUCGCCACCCGGCCCCUUCUGCGUCUUAGACCCUGGCUGCCUGCGUGCCGUUCGGACAGGUGGGGCGAGCACCAGCCUCUCUGUUGUCCCCCAUCUGUCUCCACAUCUCUUAAACACCCCAGUCAAUGUCUCUGCCCUGGGGCCGGACUCUGUCUGUCGAGGUGACUGGAAUGCGAUUGCAGACAUUUCUGGUUUCUCCCCCUUCUCUGUCCCAAUGCCUCGAGGCUGAUCCCCUCUGGGGUCUUUCCUCAUUUCUGAGUCCCCUAUCCCCCACCAAGUUUCUGCUCAGUCUCCCCCCCGGCCUUUAUCUCUGAGUCUUCCUGGUUUGCCAAACCUGUCUCUGCCUGGCUCUCCAUGUCCCCGUGUCUCUGUCACCUUCACUGAGCUCUUCCGUUGCACUGUUUCUGUGUUCUCAUCUCUAUGUCUGCCAAUCUCUCUUUUUCAGUCUGUCUGUAUCUGCCUCUCUCUGGUUCUGGGCUGCCUGUUUCUCCUCCUGUGUCUCUCCUUCCACCUCUCACACCUAGCUCCCCUAUCCCCCUUUAUCCCUGUGACCUUCCCAGGUCUUUCCUCCUCACCACCCCCCCUCUUCUGCAGAACCUCGCUGGGAGCACGAUGCACAGUCAUCAGUCUCAUCGGGCUCAUGCCUGAGGAGGGAGUGCAUGGGGGGGGGGGAACGUGAGCUUGUGUCUGAGGUGGGAUGGGAAGGGCUCGAGGCCUCCCCCGGCCCAGCUGGAGAGCAAGAGCAGACAGCCUAGAAUCUCCUGGAAUCCAGGCCUCCCCCACCUCCCCAGGCUUCUCCAUCUUCCCAAACCCAUUCUCCAUGGUCCAGGCCCAUGCCUCUAGGCCAAGGUGUCAAGAGAAGGAAGGUAUGAUAUAUUGAUAGCCUCUCCCUGCCCCAGGAAGGGGCAGAGUUGAGGAGGGGGCAUCUGGGGGCGAGGCACCUGGGUUAAAAGAUGUGGCUCCUCCCCCUUUCCCAGUCUCCAUAGCAACAGCCGAGUCUGCAGGCCCAACCUCCUUUGCUGCAGAAGCAGCCUCCCUGCUACCAUGGCAACAAAGGACAGCGGGAAAGAUGGGGACGGGUCAGAGGACAGGAUUGGGAUGGGGCUCUGGGCGCUGGGGAAAGCCUCCAUCCACUUCCUGGCCCUGUCUCUGUCCUCUCUGUCUCUGUGCUGUGGCUCUGAAUCUCUCUCUGUUUCUGUGCCUUUCUCUGGCCCGAAGCCUUUCACACAUUUCCCUGCACCAGGUCCUCGACCUUCAUCCACCCACCCUCAUACACCACUCCCUGUCCCUUGCCUGUGUCCCUCACGUCUCUUCUCCUAUGGGUGGGGAGGAUACACACAUUCUGAGAAAGCUACAAGGUCAAAUGCGCUCUCUCUCUCUCUCUCUCUCUCUCUCUCUCUCUCUCUCUCUUUCUCCCUUCCCUUUCUAUCAUCCCCAGGGAGUGUCUGUGGUGUUCCUCAUAGAACAAAGUGGCAUUGGAGGGGUGGAGAGGCCUCAACUUCUUGGGAUCCAGUGGGGUGGCUGGUGGGGUGUUGUGUUGGUGGCAGGCCUGAGGUAUGGGUGCUGGCUGUGCGUCUGUGAGUGUACAUAUACUGUGUGUUGUGGGUGAGGGAGUUGGGGUGUGUUUGGAGGUGCAACAAAGAUGGCUGUGUAGUGCCGCAAUAACGUGAUGUAUGUGUGGAAGGUGUGUGGGUGUCGCAUGACUUGUGUUUGAAUUAUUGUACUUUGUGUGUGUGUGCACCUUUUUGUCUGUCACUCACAGUUAGCAUAGGCAAUUUUGUACUGUGGGCCACUGCUCAUGCCCAGACACACUGGGGAGCAAUGUGUGUGAUGAGUGUGACAUUGUGGGAUCAUGAAACGAUGUCCACAAAGGCUGAUGUUGUGUGUCUGAAGGCAGUGUGAGACCUGUGCCUGUGUGAUGGUGCUGAGUGCACAUGUGUGUUGGUUUACAGUUGCAUGGUGUGGGUUUCUAUGAGAUGUUGGGAGGUCAGGUGUGGUAGUGUGUGGUGUGUGAAUCUGUGAUGUUCUAGAGUCCGUGUGAGUCUGCACAGCACUUUGUGGCUGUGAUUGUGAUUCUCUUGUGGUGUGAUGGGUGUGUGUGUGUGCCAUAUAUAUGUUUCAUCUCUACAUGUUUGAGACUCUGGGUUUGUGCGAUGGGGUAUUGUUGUGUGUGUGAGGGUAGGUACAUGCUGGUGUGUGAUGGAAUGUAAGUUUGACCCUGUGGUGUGUGCAUGUCCCCAGCAUCUGGACUAUCAGGUUGAUGGUCCUGUGCAACUGUGACACUGGGCAUUUUCUGGGUUUCCUGGGGCUCUCCUCCACCGUGUUGUGUCUCCCGUGUACCCUGUGUGGUUGUGUCUCAUUGGAUAGUUCAGGCGUAGUGGGGGCACCCACAGUGAGGAAAUCUCAGGGUUCCUCCCCCCAGCACCCCUCCUCAAAUGCAGGGCCUUCCUAGCUCUCUUGUGUCCCCCUCCAAUUUCCCCUCCUGCGGGGCCCUCUUCCUGAACAUACCCCCCUCCACCGUCUUCAGAGGCCCUGGUGCCACACUGCAGCGAUUCACCGAGCUUUCCUCCCAUCCCGUGUCACUACUCCCCUCCCUCAGUGCACCCUUCUCGCUGAUGGCACACCUUCACAAUGAGGGUAUUUCCGAGGUUCUCCUUCCCUCAGCGCCCCUCCUUGGAGGCCCCACCCCAUAUUGAGGGGAUCUCCAAGUCCCCUAUUGCGGUGGUCUCCGGGAAUCCCCCCGCCCCCGCAGAGCUCUCCCUUAGCGGCCGCGCGGCCACUUUGCGGAGCCCAGGGGAGAGGACAGCUGCAGUACCAGGGGCGGGGCCGCGGGCCGUCCGUCAGCGCGGCGCCGCCCCUGAUUGGCCAGCUCCGCCCCCUCCCGCGGACGCGGGCAUAUGAGGAGGCGGAGGCGGCGGCCGCCGCAGCCUCUGUGCGGUGGGAUCGACGGACGGACGGACGCGCACACCGACAGAGGCGCGGGCGCUGCAGAGGUCCCCAGCCCUAGCCCGCGCCUGAGCCCACCCCGAGGCCCCCGACGCGCCCGCCCGGCCCUCUCCCUGCGGAGCCGCCAAGAUGGGGG